AUGUCGAGUUCCGAUAAUAAUAAUAGUAGUUAUUCUCGCAUUGCUAAUAAUGUCGACGUCGACGAGACUUCGCCUCUCGCGUCGUCACCCGUGAAAGCUGACGAUGAGUUUCAUCGUCAAGUCCGAGAAGAAGAUGAAGAGGAAGAGCAGGACAUUAUGGACGAGGAUCCUAUUGCGGGGGGCUUUUUGAAUGGACUCCAGGACCACGAGGAGUCAAAGAGUACUCUGUAUAUUUUCUUGCUCACACUCAGUAUAGGCGGGUUGCAAGUCGUUUGGUCCGUCGAACUUUCCAAUGGCUCACCAUUUUUACUCUCACUGGGCAUGAGCAAGGCCCUACUAGCUAUUGUAUGGGUUGCUGGCCCCUUAACAGGCACGCUUGUACAGCCCUAUAUUGGCAUUCGAAGUGACAAUUGCCGCAUUCCUUGGGGUAAGAGGAAGCCUUUUAUGAUUGUCGGUGGCGCGGCCACGAUCCUCUGUUUGAUGCUGCUGGCCUGGGUGCGCGAGAUUGUGUCAGGUCUGCUCGGGUUAUUUGGUGCGGAUGCACUGUCAGAUGGCGUGAAGAUUACUACGAUAGUAAUUGCUACGAUAUUGAUGUUCUCUUUAGACUUUGCUAUUAACACAGUUCAAGCCGGUAUUCGAGCCUUUAUCGUCGACGGUGCGCCAGCACAUCAACAAGAGUCAGCGAAUGCGUGGGCUGGUCGACUGACAGGCGCCGGCAACAUUAUAGGGUAUAUACUUGCAUACACAGAUUUGCCAAAAGUUUUCCCCUUCUUCGGGAACACGCAGUUCAAGGUCCUCUGUCUGAUUGCGAGUUUCUCGCUGGGGUUUACACUGUUGAUCAGUUGCAUUUAUAUCAAAGAGCGCGACCCGCGACUCGAGGGACCACCGCCAUCGGGCGAUCUGGGACUGAUUUCCUUUUUCAGAGGCACCAUCAAAUCCAUCCGUGGCCUGCCUCCGCAGAUCCGCACGGUGUGCGAAGUGCAACUCGCGGCUUGGAUUGGAUGGUUCCCCUUCCUCUACUAUUCGACGACCUAUAUCGGUCAAAUAUAUGUGAACCCGAUUUUUGAGGAACAUCGCAAUUUGUCAGACGAUGAUAUUAACAAAGCUUGGGAGGCAGCGACGCGCAUUGGUUCCUUUGCUCUUCUCGUCAAUGCGAUUAUAUGCUUUACUUCGAAUAUCGUAUUGCCGCUCGUCAUCGUGCCUUCAUACAACCGGAUUGAGGUUCCGGCAGCGGUCCGGGAUAGGGAACGAAGCGGAUCAUUGGCUGAUAGUCCGGACAAUGUUGUAUAUGAGUCUUUGCUGGACCAUGAGACCAACAGGGGCAACAAUGAGACUAUAACUUCUACCAAUUUGAAGAAGGAGAAGAAUAAAACCAAGACAAAAUGGGUUUCGACAAUGCUCACGAAGCUUCGCAUCCCUGGCCUCACCUUGCGACGCACAUGGCUCUUUUCACAUGUAUUGUUUGCACUCUGCAUGUUUAGCACAUUCUUCAUCGCCUCUAUUUGGGCAGCGACCGCCGUGAUCGGCAUCAUCGGGAUCUCCUGGGCUGUCACUCUAUGGGCACCAUUUGCGCUGAUAUCUGCUGAAGUGGCGCAGCGUGAUGCCGAGAGACGGCUGAAUCGCCUGCAAGCAGAACUCGGCAAUGAAUAUGGGCCGCGUCAUGCAAAUACUGCGGAUAACAGAGACGAAGAGAACGGCAAUGUCGAUGAUAACGACGAUAUUGAGGCGUCUGCUGUCCCCAGGAUUAUCGGCGCAGAACCCCAGUCCACCGACCAAGCUGGUAUCGUGCUCGGUCUGCAUAACGUCGCCAUCUCGAUGCCACAGAUCUUCUCCACGAUCGUGAGCAGUCUUAUCUUCAGGCUGUUGCAAAAGCCGCGCGGUGAGCCCUGGGAUGAUAGUGUGGGCUGGGUUAUGCGGUUUGGGGGAUGUGCCGCUUUGGUGGCUGCGUUUUUGACGAGGAGGCUUGAAGAGAAGCGCGCAAAAUAA